UCAAAAAGAGGCGAGGAGCCAUCAAUCGCAAAAUUCACGUGGAGUUCAAUUUAAAUUUCAAAUUUUCAUUCUAAUAGAAUUGUUAAAGUUAUUAAGUAAAAAUAAAUUUGUGAAUACUUUUCUAUUGAAAUAGUCUGUCCAUUGUUAAGCAAAAAUGGCGGAGUAUGUAGAGCAGAGUACAGAGGAAAUGCUCCCAGAGUUGGAGCAAAUGUGUCGAGUCGGUUUGUUUACAAAAAAGGAAACAAGCAAAAUUCUGGAGAAGAGAAAAGGUCAUGAGUAUAAACUUCGUCGUAAGCAGAAGCAGAAAGAAGACUUUCUACAAUAUAUCCAGUAUGAGACCAAUCUAUUGGCACUUGUUCGCAAGAGGAGAGAUAGAACUGGGUACACCCACAAGAAGAUUGAGAUCGAUAACAACAUAACCAGUAGGAUACACAGACUGUUCAAGUUGGCGCUCUAUAGAUUUCCAGAAGACCUGAAACUCUGGCUGUCUUACAUAGCCUUUGCCAAACAGCUUAAAGCCUUGGACCUGAUCAGUCGACAGUACAGCAAGAUGUUGGCAGUGCAUGAUAAGAAACCAGAUCUGUGGUUGUCUGCUGCCAAGUGGGAGUUUGAAGACAACAACAACUCAGACAAUGCCCGAAAACUUCUACAAAGGGGGCUCAGGUUCAACCCUGAGGCAAGGAAACUCUGGCUUGAGUACUACAGAAUGGAGUUGCUGUAUGCAGAAAAGACACGUAAACGUAGAGAGUUGCUUGAGUUAGGCGAGGACGAGAACUCUGACACUGUGUUGAGUGGUCAAGUGGCCUUUGUGGUGUUCGAUCAAGCGCGACAGGCAAUUCCUGAUGAUGUCAGUUUCCUGGUGCAGUUUCUUCCAAUCUGUCAGCUGUUUGACUUCACAAAGGAUCAUGAAGCAGACAUCUGUAAAGAACUGAAGGAGAAGUAUUCAGAAGAGCCACUGGCCUGGGAUGCCCUUGCCAAACGCCAUCUAGGUAGAAAGGAGGACCUGACUGUCACUGAUAACCCUGAGAAGCUCUUCCAUGAUGUUUACAUGGACGCCAUCUCUACAUUGAACUCUGGCAAGAUCUGGGAGCUGUACAUCCUGGCGUGCCUUGACCUCUUCCAGAAGGCAAGCAAGAAGUCCCUGAGACUCAAGCGUCUGAAACGGUCGUUACUGGUGCUGCAGAAGGCCCGGGAUGCUGGUCAUGUGACUGCGCCUCUAUACGCCAGAUGGGUGGACCUCCUCAGUCUGACGGGUCUGCCAGAGGAGGCGCUGGACGUCUGCUGCGCGGGUCUUGAGGCACACCCAGGGGAGACCACUCUGUGGGAGAGGCGACUCUCGAUGAUGGUCAGUCUGCGCCAUGACGCCACCACUGUCCAGGAGGCGCUCAAUGACGCUCAAAAACACAUUCCAAAGCAGGAGAGCUGGCCACUGGUUCAAAUGGUUCUGGAACACAACAUCAGCUGUAAUGCUGCCAAUGAGACCGUGAAAUUGCUUGAGAUAUCCAUGAUUGACCAUGCAGCUGUAAGUCAGCCAGCCAAGGAAUUCUUCCUUGAAUACGAGUACCUUCAGCAUGGCAUAGCUCACACCAGAACUGUGUACAACAGACUGUGCAAGUACAAGCCCCUGUCCCAGCAGCUGUACAGGGCCUACAUCAGCAUGGAGCUUGCCCAGCCCAAGCCCAAGAUGAAGUUGGUGAGGGCAGCGUAUGAGGAGGCACUGAGGGAGCACGGGGACCAGGCACCAGAUUUAUGGCUAGACUAUAUCCGACUGGAGAGUUCAGGCCUGAAAGGGAAGAUGGAGAAAGUGGGCCAGAUCCAUUUUCGGGCAGUGAAGGCUCUGCAAGGGGCACACAACCAGGAAUUCCUGAGGCGGUACACCCUGCUGCAGACAUCAGAGGCCAGUUGAGCCACACCAGGACAAGGAAAGGGGAAUCACAUGUCUUGGAUCUUGAAUUAUGUUGAAGGCCCGAUCUUAAAUAUCUUGUUAACAAAUUUGAACAUCUGUCAAUUUCUUCAAAUUUAUACAAUUCUAUAAGAAAAGAUUCCUCCAUUCAUACCUUUUAUGCCCCCGGAUCAAAAGAUUGGGGGUAUAUUGUUUUUGGCCUGUCUCAGCUGUCAUUGUAUGUGUCCGUGUGUGUGUCCCAAAACUUUAACCAAAACUUUAACCUUUUUCAUAACUUUUGCAAUAUUGAACGUAGAAACUUGAUAUUUGGGAUGCAUGUGUAUCUCAUGAAGCUGCACAUUUUGAGUAGUGACAGGUCAAGGUAAUCCUUCAAGGUCAAAGGUUAAAAAAAAAAUUCAAAGCGGCGCAUUAGGGGGCUUUGUGUUUCUUACAAACACAUCUCUUGUUCAUAAAUGUCCUAAAUUAAAAAAAUGAAUAUUAUAAUUGUAGAUCUUUCUGCUCUAUUUGCAAAAGUGUUAGAGAAAUUACACUGUAGAUCUGUUUGCUCUUAUUGCAAAAAUAUUAAAGAAAAACUAUUUUCAAGUAUUAAAGAAAAAACUAUUAAAAAAGUAUUGAAGAAAAUACCUUGUAGAUAUGUUUGCUCUAUUUGCAAUAGUAUUAAAGAAAAAACAUUGAAUAUUUAUUUGCUCUAUUAUAGUCUUUUUUGGAAUUUGCUGAUUAAGAAAAUAAUUGAUAUAAAUUAAAAUAGUUUUGAUAAAAAACUUAAAUAAUAGCAUGAGUUGAUAUGAAUACAACAAUAUUUGUUUUGCAAAAAAUGUAAUGCACAUGUAUAAUUUUGUUAACAGUAAGGCCAGAAUGAUGCAUAUAUAAAUACAAGUUCAGCAUUA